UGCGCGCGACCGACGUCUCUGCCGCUGCUGCUGGCGUCCCUGGCGCUGCUCACCGGGCCGGCGGCGGGCGCGGCGCAGCACAGCGUCUGGCUGGCGGCCGGCCGCCUCUGGCUCAGCUGGGAGCUCCACCUGUCCGCGGACGCGCCAGCCUCCGCCGCCGUAGAGCUCGAAGUCACUUUCCCUGCGCACUUUCAGGCCGCCGGGGUGGGCUUCUCACCCAAGGGCGGCAUGGCAGGAGCCGACAUGGCCCUCGUCUGGUUCGACAGCCGCGGGAUGCCCUACGUUGCGGAUCUACAUGGGACAUCUCGUAACACUGCACCAGAUCUGGACUCUUCACAGGACUACUAUUUAGUGGGUGGCAGCAGAAAUGACACACACUCCACAGUCCGCUAUCGCCGCAGGCUUGACACUUGUGAUAAGGAUGAUAUGAUCCUGGGGAGUGACACAGUAAGAGUAAUAUGGUCACUGCAUGAAGAGGCUCCCCAAAUGGUGGAAGGAAAGUUAAUCAGAUUGCAGGGUCACAAAGCCAACAGAGGUACUCGUAGCUUGCAUCUCAUUGUACCACCAGAGCUGCCACGACCUAAUGCACAACAGUGGGAUGUCACUCUCAGAGAUUUCAUUAUACCAGACAACAUGGAUACCAUAUACCAGUGCAAGAUAUUUAAAGCUCCACCAGUCAGAACUAAGCAUCAUAUUAUUGGAUAUGAACCUAUUCUGACUCCUGGUACUGAGCAUUUGGUGCAUCAUAUGCUUUUAUAUGAGUGUGGAGUUAAGGCUGGAAAUUUGGAUGCAUAUGUCCACCAGAAGGGUGCUCCAUGUUAUGGACCUGAAAUGCCUCGUCCGUGGGAACACUGCCUUACACCAAUUGUAACAUGGGCAAUAGGAUCAACAGGAGAGCUACUACCACAACAUGUUGGUUUGCCACUUUCUGAUUCUUCUUAUUUUAUGCUUGAGGUCCACUAUGACAACCCGUCAUUCCAUACAGGUCGUGACAGUUCUGGAGUUCGUGUUUUCCACACUGACCAGUUACGCCAUUAUGAUGGUGGAAUUCUUGUAAGUGGUAUUACAAUAACACCACUUCAUGUUAUACCACCUGGACAGCCAGCUUAUAGAACAGCUGGUUACUGCAGUGGAGCAUGCACCAACAAGCUGCUGCCGCAAUCAGGUGUGAAACUAGUUUCGGUACUCCUGCACUCUCAUUUGGCUGGGAAGGCCUUACGUCUCAGACAUGUGCGUGACAAGAAGGAGCUAAAACCAAUUGUUAGAGAUGAUAGUUAUGACUUCAACUACCAGCAGGCUCGCAGACUUCAGGAGGAAGUUGAAUUCCUUCCUGGAGAUGAGCUUGUCACUGAAUGUGUGUACCAGACGUCCAAAAGGAAGCAACCAACUUAUGGUGGAUUCUCAACAAAACAAGAAAUGUGUCUAGCAUUUGUUCUCUAUUAUCCAAAAACAAAUUUGGCUGCCUGUUACAGUAUGACACCAGUAAAAUAUUUUUUUGAGACCUUCAAUGUGAAGGAAUUCUAUGAUGUGGAUAUGGAUACUGUGGAAAGGAUGUUUCUUAAAAUUGACCAACCUGAAAAUAGUGUGUCACAACUCCGAAUGAGGGCUUCAACUACAACAACUACCACUACUACAGCACCAACAUUCCCCAUCUUGGAAUCUGAUGUUGAGCUGGAUGAUGAAGCUAAUGCUCAAGCAAUAUCUGUACUGAAACGUAUGCGUGGCUUUACAGAAGAAGGUGUUACAGAGGGUGCAGAUGAAGGUACAGGUGGACUUUUUGGAGAGCUCGUUAUCCGUGAACCUGAAGAGUUUCGCAAUCGGUCACUUGUUGCACAUCUUCAAGAUUUGCCAUGGUCUGAUCCACUUUUAGCCAGUCCUGUUGAGCAGCGGCUGUAUGCUGGUAAACACAUGGUCUUUUGUCGCACCAGAGAAGAUGAUCUUGCUAUUCCAGCUGAUGUGUUCUCGUUUCCUAACCUGACGGAUCUUCCAUCUGCAUCUGCGAGGUCGCUAACACUAUGUCAUGGGAGUACCAGACAUCCCUUGCAGUCAGAGCAACCUAGAGGAAUUGCUGCACAACAUAUCCCAUUGUCUAUAAUGAUGCUGUUGCUUUUUAUUUGUGCUCUACACACAACAUGAGGUCGCCAUUAAAAAAAAAAUCUUAAAGCUAUGCACCAAAGCUAUUUGAUGACAAAUAUUGUAUAGUCACACUUUAUUUCUCUUCAUGCAAAAUGUAUUCCUAUGGGAUGCUGUGUUCCUGUGUUGUUUGAUAUGCAAUUAUUUGCAGAAACAGUUUUGUACUUUUGAGUUGUUUUUAAAGUGAAACAUAAGUAUGUUCCUUGAUGUCUGUGGUUUCAUGAAGAAGACUGGAUGUAACCAAAAGUGAAGAACUCUGACCAAAUUGCUGUUUGGGUACAGAUCAAAUAAAGACUCAUGUAAUUAAAAUGGCAGUGUCACUACCACAAGCUUGGCAUUCGAAUUACUUUUUUACGUAUUUUUACAAAAUCAGUGGAUUUAUAUAUGUAAAUUUGUUUGUGAAACACUGAAGACACUCAACAUGCGAUUAUCUUUGUGUGAUUCAGCAUUGCUAGAGAGAAAUAAUCUCAGAAGAACCAGUUACACUAAAAUAAUGUUAAAGAAUGUGAUUGAGAUGGAAUGAAAAGCCGUCUGCCUUAUGGGUGUGAAACAUGAGUUCCUAAAAGUGCACCAAAGCUAAGUUGCAUUAAAGGAAUUAAAAAGUUGAUUCUAAGCCCAUGGAACAUUAGCAUUUGGUUGUCAUUACAUGUCACAGAAAGGAAUCAGUCAAAUUUAAUUAUGUUCUGAAAAUAUGAAAGUCAAGG